AUGGACAUCGAUCCAAUCCUCAAUGGACUAAACGCCGCCCAACGAACAGCAGUCACAAGUCCAUCCUCAAUUCUCCAAGUCCUCGCACCCCCCGGCUCCGGCAAAACCAAGACCUUGACGGCACGCGUCGCGUACCUGUUAUCCUCGAAACAUGCAUUCCGUCCUCAGGAUGUUAUCUGCUGCACGUUCACGAUCAAGGCGAGUCGUGAGAUGCGUGAGCGGUUGACGCAUUUGAUUGGUGAUCAGGUAGUCUCGAAACUUGUCUUGGGGACGUUCCAUUCGAUCUGUCGGCGGUAUUUGGUUGCGUAUGGCCAUUUGAUUGGGCUGAAGAAGGGGUUUGGUAUUGCGGAUAGUAAUGAUGGUUUGGCUAUUAUCAAGAGAAUCGUCAAACGCUUGAACCUCAAUAUACAACCCAACCCAGCCCGGUCACGAAUAUCGAGUCAAAAAGCGCAAGGAAUCAGCUGGCAGGACCUCAUUGAUGCCCGACACCCGAAAAGCGUGGAUCAACAAGAAUUCGUGCAGGUGUAUCGCGAAUAUGAAGCUGCAUUGGCAAGCUCAAACCUUCUCGAUUAUGACGACCUCCUCUUGCGCUGUGUUGAUCUCUUGCGACAACAUCCGCAUUGCGUAUCAAAUGUGCAGACUGUACUUGUCGAUGAGUUUCAGGAUACGAAUGUCAUUCAGUACGAGUUAAUGAAUCUAUUUGCAGCCCAGAAUAAACGGAUCACUAUAGUCGGCGAUCCGGACCAGAGUAUCUAUGGGUUUCGGUCGGCAGAAAUCAAGAAUCUUGAGCGCAUGCAAAGGCGAUACCCGAAUACGUCUGUGGUUUUGUUGGAGGAUAAUUAUCGAUCCUCAGGCUCGAUUUUGGGUUCGGCGGAGCAGGUCAUUGAACAGGAUACAGCACGACCUGUGAAGAAGCUCCACCCGACACAUGGAGUUGGUACGAUGCCAGUUUUGCGGAAAUUGCCUACUGCAGCUGCGGAAGCGCAGUGGAUGGUGAUGGAGAUUAAGAGGUGUAUUACUUUGACGGGUCAGCUGCUUAAGUCGUCCGACUUUGCUAUAUUGCUCCGCUCAGCAGCGCUGUCGCGACAAAUUGAGUCUGAGUUGGGAAAACAGGGAAUUCCUUAUCGGAUGGUUGGUGGGUCGAGGUUCUUUGACAGAGUUGAGAUUCGCCUUCUUCUGGACUAUCUUCGUGUCAUUAGUCAUCCAGAGAACAAUGAUGCCCUGGCUCGAAUUAUUAAUGUUCCCACGAGAAAGAUUGGGGAUGAAACCCUCAAAAGUCUGACUGCAGGUGCUGAAAGUGCGAAUCUUCCGCUUUGGACUUUUAUUAAAGAUGUUGCGCAAGGUCGUAGGUCUUGCCAGAAGGGUCUUUCCAAAGCUGCCAAUAUUGGAUUGUCGGUGUUGGUUGGCCUGAUUGAGGCGUCGAGACAGAAACUACACGACUGCAUAGAUGAGUCUUCGCCUAGAGUCUUACUUGAAUUCGUCAUCAGCAAGCUCGGAUUCCGAGAAUAUCUUACUGCAACUUAUCCUCUGGAUGAAGAAAACAGAUGGGCGAAUGUGGAGGAACUUCUAGCACAAGCCGGCGAUUCAUCUACGUCUUACUCUCAGCAAGACGACAUCCUUCCCGAAAUUGAAGGCUUGGAGCAACAUCAAGGCCACAUAGGUGAAGAAGCACUAUCGCGAUUUCUGGCAAACGUAGCUUUGUCAACAGAAGUAACGACCGAAGAAGGCGAUCAGCCGCAGGAAAAAGUAACCAUCUCUACGAUCCACGCAGCCAAGGGAUUAGAAUGGCCCGUCGUGUUUGUCGCUGCCGUCUAUGAGGGAAUUAUACCGCAUUCCAGAGCCGAAGAUAGCGAUGAGGAAAGACGAUUACUAUAUGUAGCUAUGACGCGAGCGCAGGCGCUUUUGUAUCUCAGUCUUCCUCGUCGAGAUUCCAAGAAUGGUGAAGAGACGAGGACUAGCUCUUUUUUGCCUCCUAGCAUAGUGGAGGCCAAGUUUCGUGCUAUAGGACCCAAGCUUGUUGACAAGACUAUUUUCGCUAUCGCGGAUAUUCUUGGCCGUGAGCAUCCGAGUCAGGAGGCGAUAGUCAAGGGGCUACAGGCCAGGUUGCCCAGUCUUAAUGAUGACCUCUGGACGCCUGACGGCGACUAUACUGGCGAUACAGCUACGAGAUGGGAUGGAUCAACAGCAUCAUCAUCACUUGACGCACGUGGUCAAGCGCAGGAACACUGGACUAAGCGCCGUCGACUGAAUGACCAAGCACAAGAUUCUACAGGAGGAAAAGCAGGACCAGGCUUUGUUACGGCCACCUCGUAUACGAUGAACAACGCCUCUGGAUAUUCAAUUUCGAGUACUACAGUGUCAACGGGGUUUUCGACUGCAAGACAGCAUAUGGAAACAGCACCGCCUCCUGUUCAGAAAGAGCUAAUGCACCCUACACAGAAGAAGACAACCACAUCUUCUAUGACUCGGAAGAAUGCUUCCGCACCACCUGGUCAGGGGACAUUGUCAAACUACUUCGGUAUUAAUAGUCCGAAGCCGCAAACCACGACAAAAACCUCAAGUGACGAUAAGAGAAAACCAUCAUCACAAGCCAACUGUGACCCGCCCGCUGUUUUAAAUUAUGCAGCGAUGGAUGGUCAAACACUGAGCUCUGGAGGCUAUCGUAUCCAACCCCAGGCAUACAAACCACCACGACCUGUCCCGCUGGCAGCCAAAGACGCGAAUAAUUAUACAUGGCUGCCACAAUCAGACAAAGGCUCAACACCAUCAAUACCAACAGCUACUACUGUAUCUGCAAGCGAUACGAAACCUCCUACCACGACGAUGAAUCAUCGUCCCACCUCGUCGUUCCACACAACCACAACAAUGAUGGGAACAACAAUGAAUCAGCUAUCAACAGCCCAGAGUGCUGGUGGGUAUGGUGUUUCCAUGGGACGUAAGACGCUGGGUGUUCGAAGAAGUCUGAACAAUGGUUGGGCGGAAAGGAUGAAUAGGGUUAAUCAGCAUAAUCAUCCGAAGUAG